AUGAAACUGCCGGUCUGUUGCCUUCUAGCAAUUGCAUUGAGUUCUGUGAUGUGCGCGGUGCUGGAUCAAAGAAUACUGAAGCUGACCGAAGUUAUGAAGGAACUGAACCUUCUGAACAGAGGCGUGCAACACAAUGGAUUGAGGCUGAGUACACCUACAAGUGAUGUCGAAGAAUGCUGUGCUUUGAAAGCUCUCAGCUGCUUCAGGGAAAACCUACAGCUGCUCCCAGCUGCAAAUAAAAGACAUCAACACAAACUCACCAAAAGCCUUAAGAGUCAAAUGAUUGUUAACAGUGUGAACACUUGCAGUCAAGAGGAGACACAGAACGCAACCUGUCCAAGAUGUGACUCAUUCCCAAAGAGAGACAGCAGGGAGUUUGUGCGAGAGCUGGAGUCAUUGCUUCAAAAGACUUACAGCAGACUGGUAGAAAGAGAAGACUGAUGCUAAAGGAAGCAGGACUCUUUCUAAGACACUACUCAAGAAACGAU